AUGGCGCGCCAUCUAGGCCUUGGAGGCAAUGUACCAGCGAUGCUUCGGACAGAAUCCGAGCUCUCCUGUUGUUCUGUUGAUUCAGCUUCUAAUCUAAUCAACCAAAGCGAUCUCGCCGAAGGCACAAAUCAAGCAGAGUUGCCCUACUUUCAUGCCCGUUCGUCACAAAGCAACCCCUCUUUUCUCAACGGCGGGCACAAACGGCACAGGUGGACAACUGCAUUUGUGGGUUGGAGAGUCGCUUUUUGUUCAUGGCUCAACUUGCUCCUCGUGUCAAUACCAAUAUCAUGGACUUUGAAUCUUACCUUGAAAAACUCUCAUGGCCUCACAUUUUCGUUUUGUGUUCUAGCGUUACUGCCUUUAGUCAGGCUGCAUGAUCUGGCGACCAGAGAUCUGGCCAGCAGAGUUGGAGGAUCGAAAGCUGGACUGUUGAACGGUAGCAUGAGUAAUUUCGUCGAAAUUGUCGUUGCUAUAAGCGCCCUGCGCAAAUGCGAGCUGAAGGUGGUUCAAUCUACACUGAUUGGAGCUAUGUUAUGCAAACUAUUACUUGUUCUUGGUCUCUGUUUUUUUGCGGGUGGUAUGCGAUUUUCUGAACAAGGAUUCGAUCCCACCGCAACGCAGGUUCAUUCCUCCCUUCUUAGUCUGAGUGUCGGUGCCGUGCUACUCCCCGCAGCAUAUCAUUUUACAUUAGGCAGCCCGGGAGAUGCUUCUUUCGAAACGCAGAAACAGAACAUCUUGCAUAUGAGCCACGGUGUAUCCAUCGUAUUGCUAUUCAUAUUCCAACUAUGGUCUCAUACCUACCUAUACAACGAUCAGCACAACAAGAAGAGUAAUAGACUAUCCGCCGUCUUACGGGGCAAGCGCGCCGCAAGAAUGACACAGUACCCUCCAAACCUAACACAGGCCUCGGAAAGCCACAUCGAUGUAUAUAAGCAGGCAAACGAAGCCUUCUCACUAGACCCUCCUCGCAGGCCUUAUGCAUCCACCCCUUUAUCCUCAUCUUCGGAUAUAACAAUGCACGAACGUGUGGAUAUCCAUUUGGAUCAUGUUGCUCAUAUACCUCCAAAAAACUCGACUGUUCGAUUGGUCAAUGGCCCUGAAGGAGUCCCAAUGUCUCGCAAAACAAGUUACGGCAGUAGCAUGCGUUCAACCAGUUCAGGAACAUCGCCGUCGAUUCUCAAAGAACCCGAACCGGAAUCCUCAGUCACCGAUAUUCCGCCUCAAAAGGAACCUCAAUUGAGUUGGUUUUUGACAAUCUUUCUACUGAUAAUAGUGACGGGCGCUGUUGCAAUUACUGUUGAUUGGUUGGUCGAAGCAAUGGAUGAGGUUUCCACUACUAUUAGCAAAGAAUGGGUGGGUCUGAUACUACUUCCAGCGGUCAGUUCAGUUGCAGAAAUCAUCACUGCAGUGAAAGUAUCUGUAAAAGACGAGUUGACUCUAAGUGUUAGCGUGGCGGUGGGGUCUACAAUUCAAACUGCACUUUUUGUUAUCCCAUUUACUGUUAUUCUUGGUUGGGUUCUCAAAAAGCCUUUAUCCUUGUUGAUGGACCCUUUUCAGUCAAUGGUCCUUUACAUAGCAGUGCACACUAUGGGAUAUGUCGUUGGAGAUGGCAAAUCAAAUUGGCUUGAAGGUGUCAUUCUCAUCUGCCUUUACAUUAUUAUUGCUGUGUCAUUUUGGUUUUAUCCAGCGUCAAACAUCGACUUGACUACUGCAUGCAGAGUGUAA